CGGUACACGACAUAAGGUAGGAUAGGGCGUCCGCGCCCGUGAAAAAGAAUUCGCAUUCAACAGGAAAAAAUGCCAAUUCAGAAAUGAUGUCUCUUUGGAGGCAGCUCUGGCAUCUUCCUCGCUGGUUGCAGGCAACAGUUGAUGAGGCUGAGAGCACGGACUCCGACAAUGGGGGGGAGGGUGCUUUCCCUUGGGAGGGGUACUGCAUUGCGCCGCGCUGCUUUGACAGCCCCGAGAGGCAGGCAGCCCCGCAAGAGAUGGAGGCCGGCCAGCCUGCGCACCCCCCCAUCAAGGUGUACCGCCUGCCCCUGCGCCACAAGGUCCCCGGCAUGGACUUUAGAUGGAAAGUAGGCCUCAAGGCGCAGAGCAUUGAGGGUUGUGACCGCCGGGAGCUGCAAUUCAAAGCCUACAAAGCAUUGGCGCUUCCUCAUGUCCUAGGCUUAAGCGAUGAUGCUCACUGGCGCUGGCCGUUCAUCCCCGUCUCAUUUCUGGUGGGGCUCAAGGGGGCUGCAGCGCUGCCACACAUGGGCUCACGGCCCAGGCACCCCCCAUCGAAAUCAGUCCCAACCAUCUCGUGGGUGACUCCAGCCGCCAAGGUCAAGAUACUGAGCCCAUUGGGUGGUUCGCUUGGCCUGCGGCCCACUAUCGAGAUCCUGCCGGAGUCAAAGGUGACCAUCCAGCGAGACGUCCGCAUUGCAGCCCACUCGUACCUCACUCUGGGGCUCACCCUCCAGCGAGGCGACAAGGGCCCCUGUUGUUUCCCCCACGCUGGUCUCCAGCUGGGCUGGAAGCACAGAAGUCUGGUCAGAGUACAGCCACAGGGGCAACAUGAAAGACCGCGGGUUGAGUACCGAGGAACGGUAGAACUCCCUUGGGACUCCACAGCAUCACUACGGGCUCAUGCCGAAGUGCCACUGCAUUUCUCAAAAGAUGGCGGCAUGCAGCAACGAAAACCACGGGUGGACUCAAUGAAGCUGACCAAAUUCAUUGGGAAGCGGGAGGCGCGCACCAGCCCUGCUCCGACCUGGCGGUACCUGGAGGCGCAGCGGCGCAUCGGCAGCCGGGACGAGAUCGUGGUGGUGCCGGGGCACUUCAUUGACCCUGAGGGGGAUACGGGGGCGCCCGGAGAGCGCGACUUCAACAAGACGGUGGCAGAGAAGGUGGCAGCUCGGCUGGGCCGCACGGGGUGGCGCGUGCUGCGGCCUGACCGCGACGCGCCGCACUUGAUGUGGGAGGAGUACAUCAACUGGGUGAGCGCGCGCACGCUGCGCGGGGUGCCCGUCGUCGAGAUUCACGGGCAGGGGCCCGAGGCGCACACGGAAGGGGCCGUCUGGGGCGUCAUUGGAGAUGCGCGCGCGCCCCUCAACAAGGAGUUGGCUAAGGAGUUCGGGUGGUACCCCUCCGACUGGAAGGAGCUGGCGGUGCCGCGCAGGGGGGGGGUCAUCAUCGAAGGCUUCAACUCCGACGAGGUCCUGGCGAUGACUGCGGAGCGGCGCGAGUUGGCUGCAGACCGGCUGGCGUGGCGGGUGUGGCAGUGCAUCGAGGAGGCCGGGGAGACGAACCGGGCCAAGAGAGGGAUCAAGAGCGACCGGGGGGACAGCAAGCCGACAGGGCCGGAGGCAGUCAGCGCACAGGUACCAAACGAGGUGACGGCAGCACACGCAUCCGCAGAGUUAGACGAGAGGGGAAGAAUGAGUACGCACAGCCCAGGUACGCAUGCAGGUGAAGCGGGGUCCAACGGAGGAUCGGCAGCGGCGACAGCCAGCUUAGACAGCGGGAUCCAGCCGGCCGGGCUCGACAGGGGGGGUACACAGAACCACGCGCAGCACAAGUUCAACUGACAGGUCAGGCCAGCAGGUCGACGCAUUGUUGCGUACGAGAGUUAUAUUGUUUCUGCGCACCCGUACAUUUGACACCUGGAACAGUCGUGAGCCGCUUGACUGCUCCAACAUACUAGCCUCGACUCUUCCGGCCUCGAACCUGCAACCUUCAUGACAUACAUUUACCGAACACGCACUUGCUUCCGAAUGCUUGUUGAGC